AUGCACAACCCCCCAACCGCCCUCCACAACUCCUCCGCCCAAUACCCCACCCCUCCUCCUCCUUACCAACCGCCAUCACAACAAACUCACCGGGGCACGCAAACCACACAAACCACCCCAACUUCCCCUCCUCCACAGAACAGUCCUCUAAUACCGUCCCUAACCCUCCUCGAAAAACUCGAGAAGCUCGACACAAACCUAAAAGUCUACGCCCCAGUUAUCUUGAGCAUCCUCGAUACCGUGGCUCCCUCCCUCAUCAUAGGCUCCCUUAUGCUGGUGAUCAUGGGGUGGUUGAUGGUGAGGAUAGUAAGGGCGGUGGUUGAAGUGUGGUGGGGGUGAGGUGAGUGGCGUGGAAAGGGGGGGAGGCGGGAGGGGGUGGAGUGAGGAGGGAUGGGGGGUGGUGUGAGAGUUGUGAGUGUCGUAUGAGGAUUAGGUGGAGUCGGAUCAGGGGGUAUCACCUCAUUAUUUCCUUUCUGGGGAAUGAAUAUAAACCACCAUACCACUUACCUUUUGAAAUCCAUUACCACCUACCGCCCCAAAACCUACCACCUCGACUCGAACCUCUUGAACUCCACCAACCCCUUAAACCACCAAAAAUGUACAACCCCCGCCCAACCCCUCGCCUCCCCCUACCAGCUAUCGCCAUCUCAAC